UAUUAUCUUUGUCCUUUGGCACUAUAUGCUCUUUCCUCCUCUCUCUCUCAGCCUUAUUGCUUCCCAUUAUCACAUUCAAAUUCCCAUAAAUUUGAUCCAAAUUAGGGUUUCACCACAUUGAGCAUCUCAGUUUUUGGCUGUUGAAGAAGGAAAAGGUAGAUUUUUGGGACCGCAAGGGUAUAUAGGUUUUAUUCUUCUUCUGCAUAAAAAAACAGUAAGCCCUCAUCACAGCAGAAAAGUAAAUUUCAGACAGACAACCACCAACUAAAGGACAUGCUUUUGGUACAAUAGCCAAAGUCAAGAAAAUCAACUGAUGCACCAAAAUAAAUAGUACGGAGUAUAUUUUUUUUAUUGAAAAAAAAAGUGAAUUGCAAAAUCAUUGAUCGAUCACAGAAAAAUUGAUCGAUGGCUUCGUCAAGCUCUUACAACCCUCCCUGCGCCGCGUGCAAAUUCCUGAGGCGGAAGUGCAUCCCGGGAUGCGUGUUCUCGCCGUACUUCCCGCCGGAGGAGCCGCAGAAGUUCGCCAACGUGCACAAGAUCUUCGGCGCGAGCAACGUGGCGAAGCUGCUGAACGAGCUGCUCCCGCACCAGCGCGACGACGCGGUCAACUCCCUCGCCUACGAGGCCGAGGCCCGCGUCCGCGACCCCGUCUACGGCUGCAUUGGCGCCAUCACCUUCCUCCAGAGGCAGGUCGACCGCCUCCAGAUGGAGCUCGAUGCCUCCAAUGCUGACCUCAUCAGGUUCGCCUGCAGCAACGUCCCGCUGCAGGCGACCCAGCCCCCUCCCGCCGGUACCAGGAAUGGCGGGAGAUUUUAUCAAGCAGGUGGUGGUGUGCAAAUUUCAUAUGAUGUGCCAUGGAAUGAUAUUUAUAAUUCUCAUGGUGGAGGGAUGGAUGGGACUAAUUGAUGAUAUGAUCAUCUAUUGCUAGGGUUUAUGGUUGUGUUGGAGAAAUAAAGAAGGUUUGAGUAAUUGUGGUGUGAAAGGAUAUUAAGAGGUACUACUAUAUGUGUGUAUGCACAAAUAUAUAGUUAAGAUUAUAUUUUUUUUCAUUUAAAGAGUGUUUGUUUGAAGGGUGUUUGAUAUUUGUAUGUGGAUUUGAGAAUUAUUUUGAGUUGGUGAUUGGUAAACUUUCAUUUUAAGUGGUCGAUAGAUAAG